CGCCGACAAUGUUUUAGUUUCAAAAAACGUGGUUUGAUUAAUUUUUUCAUGUACCGCAUCUUUUCACACCUGAUUAAGUUAUAUUGUAUAGACCAGAUUUGAUUCAGAUUUAGCAUUUUGUGUAGUUAUCAAUUAGUUAUAAAUGAUAGACUAUGAGUAAUAACUUAGAGAAACUUCUCCAGCAGAAGCCCUACUACAGAGGUCCAGAUAAGGGCAAAACUGGUUCAAAGGAUGCAAAGAGCGAUGAAGGCUCUUCGGCCGGGGCAACGGGGGGCACGGCGACGGAAGAUUCUGCCGACACUGCCAACAUGACGGACCCGACCAGUGCAUCUGUAACAGGAGACAAGUACAAAGACUUGGCCAUGCGAGCUCGAGUUCUGAGUGCAGUACUACAUCCCAAAGACAAGCGAAAGAAAGGACCCAAACUAACUUCCCUCUCGCCGAGACCCAAGACAUCAGCAGAAACCCCCCUUAGCACAAUUCCCGGAUCACCCAGACAACAAUCAUCACCGCCUGUCAUCAGCAGGCCGCCAAUUGGAUCUUCGAAUGGAAAUCAGGAGGAAGAGGGAGAUGAUUUUGUGGUUCUGGGAUCGGACUCCCGACCCCAGUUGGAAGCGGGGGCAAUGGGAAGUUUUGACGAUCUGGUCGGAAGCAGCAGCCAGAACGGCAAAAAUGAAAAGGACCAAAAUGAUGAAUUGCGACAAUUGGCACAGAAAACACGCGAUGCCGAAAAGGAAAAAGCCGAGAUGCAACGAGACUUGGAUGACUUACACAAACGACUGCAAAACCAAGCCGAAGAAGCACGAAAGAUGAAAAACGAAGUGCAGGGUUUGCACGACUAUCUGGAUCAGAAGAAGAAGGAAAACGAAAAACUGAAAACUCAAUUAGGAAAAAAUGCGGACCAAAAAGACCAAAAAAUCAGAGAUUUGGAAGAUGAAAACGAACGCAACCGCAACGAAAUGCUCAAAACACAACAAGAAUUGAACAGUAAAAUUGACAAGUUAAAUCGUGAAUUGAAAGAUUUAACCGGUCAAAAAGACAGAAUUUUGGCUGAAAAUGGGGCGAAAUUGGCUGAUUUGAAGCGCUCGAUAGACCAGGAAACAGAAAAGGCGAAAGAUGCUCAAAAAGUUUUAGAGGCAAAAAUUGAGUCACUUAACGCAAAAAACUUGCAACAGGAGUCCGACCACCGGUAUGAAGUUGAUUCACUGAAACAAAAAGUAGAUAAAGCGAAUUCGGCUCAAAAUCGUGAUAUUUCAAAGCUAAACGAAGAACUACAGAAGGUGAAACGCGAGCGAGAUAGUCUGAAAGAUGAGCUGCAUUUAGGUACGAGCAAACAAAAAUCAGAAAUCGAAAAGUUAGUUUCGGAUUACGAAAUUAAAAUUAAAAACUGGAAAGAGGAUUACGCGCGAGUUAAAAGUGAGAUGAUAGAUUCCGAAAGGAAAAACGAAGCUUAUCUCGAAAAAUUGAGACUCGACCACGAAACAAACAAAAAUAACUACAACGAAGAUUUAGAUCGGUUGAAAGCAGAGCUUAAAACUUCGAAAGAUCAGCGCGCUGCUGAAACUACAAAACUGAAGCUUGAGAAAGAAAAACUUCACGAAGACUUUGACGCUCAGCUCGAAAGGUUGAAAAAAACAAAAGACUACGAAAUAGCUUCUCUUAAAUCAGCGUGUGACAAAAUCAACGCUGAAUAUGACCAAUGUUUGAAUGAAAAACAUCAAAGUAUAGCUGAUCUGACCAAAAAACUAGAAAGUUCUGAAACUGCUCGACAGAACGAAAUGAAAGAGUUGCAGGAAAAACUUCACGAAGCGGAAAAUUCGAAUAAAGAAAAACUCGAUGAGAUGAAAAGAAUGACAAACAAUGAAAAAGGUAAUCUGAUUAAAGAAAUCCAAUCUUUGAAAGACGAAAUUAAGAAAAUGAAAGUUGAACACGCAUCUGAAGUUUCAAAUCUUCAAAAAGAUUUGAAGGCAAAGUUAGAAGAGGCAAAUUCUGAAAUUCGAGUGUUGACUAACGAAAAUAAACAGAUAGCCAAAAAUCAUCAACAAGAGCUGCAAAGUGUCAAAAACGGACUUCAAAAAACAAUUGACGAUCAAAAUAGAGCAAUGGAAAAACUGAAAACUAGAUCGGACACCGAUAUCGAAAAUUUGAAAAAUGAAAUCGCUAGUUUGAAGGAAGAAAAUAGCGAGCUAAGAAAUGAUUCUUCAGCUAAUACGGAAAGAUUGACCAAUGAGAUUUACCGAAUAACGACCAAUAAGAACGCAGAGAUUAAAGAUGCCCAAUCAAAACUCGAGCAGCAGCAAACUGAUUCGGAGAUCACGUUUGGAAAACUCAAAGCCGAUAAAGCGAAAUGUGAAAACGAACUCAACGAAGAGAUUUCACAACUUCGUGAAAAACUUCAAAAAGUGACUGAAGAUCACAAGCAAAAACUUGAAAAGGUCGAGGCUGAAAAAAGGCGGGAGGUUGAAAGACUGAAUGAAGAGUUGAAAAAACAGUUUAUGGCCAAAGACGAAGAAUUAAAACAACUGCGUGAAAACUUGGAAAGAAUGAUGGACGAAGCAGUUUUGGCAAAAGAGGCACGUGAUAAAACCAUCGAACAACUUCGAAAAGAUUUGAUAAAUCUAGAAAACAAGAAAAACCAUGAAAUCCAAGAUUUGAUGGAUAAACACGAAAGCGAAGUCGAUAAAAUCAAGAAAAAUUUGAUCGCAGAAAUUGGACAAAAGCAAGAUUUCAUUUCAGAACUCUUAAAAGAAAUCGAAAGUCUGAAAGCAGAAAUUGAAAAGUUGAAAAAGUUGCUGCAAAAGGAAACUGCAGAAAAUAAAAAGGAAAAAUUGGCGCUUCAAGAUGAAGUCAGAGCUCUAAAAUUGGAAAGAGACGAGCAAAAAUCAGGCUUGAGUGACGAAAUCCAAAGGUUGAAAGAAGAACGGGACAAUCAAUUUGCUAAAAUGUCCGAAGACUUUGAUAAGCUCAAAAAAGCGUCUCAAAAUGAAAAAGAUCAACUUCAACAUGAGAUUUCAGGUCUCAAACACGAAAUUGAUACCUCGAAAACGAAACAUCAAAAAGAGGUUGAAAACUUGAAGAAAACACAAAACCAGGAUAUGGGUAAAUUGAAAGCCGAUUUCCAUGACCAAAUGGCCUACAAAGACUCACUUCUGAAGCAAAAUAGUGACGAUAUGCUGAGUUCAAAUGAACUUCACUUGAAAGAACUGGAAAGCUUGAGCGAUACUUACGAAAGACAAUUACAAGCCGCUUUGGAAGAUGUUAAAGAAAAAGACUCGGCUUUUCGAGAGCUGAAAAAAGAAGCAGAUAAAGAUAUUAAAUUGCUUCAAGACUCACUAAAAAAUCAAAAAACCGAUUAUGAAAAAGAAGUUCGAGAUUUGAAAACUGAUCUGAAAGAGAGCCAAGAAAGGUCAAAAAUGAUCGAAGAUGUCAAAAAUGAAGAAAUAAAAGAGCUCAAAGACGAAAUCUUGAACUUGAAAGAGUUUCACGAACGAAUGCAGAACGACUUGAAUGAAGAACUUAAGAAUCACAAAUUUGAGUCGGAUAAGUUCCGACAGGAAGCCAACGAACGAGAAAAAGAGUUGAAAAUCGAGAACGAAGAGCUAGUGCGGGACACGAGAAAACUGGAAGAUGCGAAAGGCGACUUGCAGUCGGAAUUGAAGUCGGCUCUCGCCGAUUUGAACGACUUGAAUCGAAAACAUGAACAGAUGCAACACGACAAUGAGGACGAGAGGUCUCGUUUGAAAGAAGACUUGCGACAACUGCGAACUGAAAAAGAAAAUGACCUGGAACAGAAACAAAACGAACUAGAAGAUCUCUACCAGGAACUGGAAAACACACGAAACGAGAAAGCCAAAUCGAUCGAACUCCUCCAAAAACAAUGUGAAGAUAACAUCAACGAAAGCCGAGAAGUCAUCAAUCGGCUUCAAAAAGAAAACGACUCUCUAGCUUCGAAUUUGGAGUCGCUUAGAACUGAAAACAAAGAUGUACGCAAAAGCUACGAUACUGAAACUUCGAAAUUGAGAGGCGAUAUUGAAAAAGCUAAAAAUCAACUUAUCGAUGAGAGGCGUCAGUUUUUAGAAGAAAUUCGCCAUGCUAAAGAAGAAGAUCGAAAAAAUGCUGAAAUUUUGACAAAUCGACUGAAAGACGCUCAUAAUGAAAUUCGAAACGCAAAAGAAGAAAACGAAAUUGUGAAAACUAAUUUGAAUGACGAAAUUUCGAAACUCAGAGACGAAUGUCAUAGAAUUGAAGAUUCUCGGAUUCAAGACCAACAAAGGCUCAAAGAUGAACUGAAAUCAUCAAAACAAGAAGCGGACACAAAAGCGAAAGCAAUGCAUAGCGAACUAUUAAACACAAAACAAGAAGCUAAAAAUUUGAGAAACACUUUAGAAAGAUCGGAAGAAACUUCGCGAAAGGAAAUUUCUGAGUUGAAAAAGGCGAACCAAGAAGAGCGCGACAACUUGCUGAAAACUUACGACUCGCAACGAGACUCGUUGCAAAAUCAAGUUGAUGCUUUGCAAACCGAACUGGAAAAUAACCGAGAAAACGCGCUACAAGACGGAGAAAAUAAGAAUAAACAAAUCAAUAAUCUUCAUAACGAGCUGGAAACAGAAAGAGCUUUGGCGAAAUCCAGAAUCAAUAAUCUCGAAAAAGGAAAUUUUAUGUUGAAGGAUCAAAUUAGCGCACUUCAAAAAGAUCACAGCGCUAUGAUUAAAGAACUUACAGAAGAAAUAAAUGGAGAAAGAAAAUCGUUCUCGGAACUUUCCGAUGAAAAAUCUCGAAUCAUCGCAGAAAUGCGAGACGAGCUCGGCGUAUUGAAAAACGAAAUGAGCUCCGAACGCGACCGAAACGAGAAAAGUUUAACCGAAGCGAACGAAGAAAUAAAAAUCCGCAAGGCCGAGCUUGAAAUGACAAAAAAUGAGCUCAAAGACGAGAAAGAUCGACUGAAAAACGAAUUGGAAGAGUUGAAAGCCGAAGCGAAACGACAGUUAGACGACCGAGCGAAAGAGGUUGAAAUGUUGUCGAACGAAGUUCAAAGUAACCGACAUGAAAUUGACGAGCAAAGAAUUGAGCUGGAUAAACUUCGGGCCGACAGAGUUGAUUUACACGACCGGCUUGAAACCGAACGAGAAAAGUUACUAUCGGAAAUGGACGCAAUUAAAGCGGAAAAUUCUAUGAAACUGGAAAGUAUUUCACACGAUUUGGAACAACAAAAAGAAGAUAACAGGUUGAUAAAGAAGGAGCGAGAGAUGGAAACCGAACGACUUCGCGGUGACAUUGAACGAACGAAAUCCGACGGCGACGAACUCCUGAGUAAAAUCCGAGACGACUUGAACUCGGCAAGAGACGAGAUCCGAAACACGAAAGCCGAGCGCGACGAGUUAGUCGAUAAACUUCGCGAGGAAAUCGAGAAAGUGAAAUUUGAGCGUGAUCGCGAUGUUUUGGACUUGAAAAAGUCAUUGCUACACCAAGAAAAAGAAACCGAAAAAAGCCAGGAUAGAUUGCUGUCUCAAAACGAAGAUUUGGUUGAGAAAAAUAAAAUGUUGAACGAUAAACUCAACGACCUUGAAGACGAGAUUGAUAACGUGAAAAACGCACUUAGAGACGCACAGAUAGCCAGGAGUCAAAGCGACCGAGAUUCAAAAGUGAAUGCUGAUCAAAUUAAUGAUUUCAAGUCGGAACUGGACAAACAGCUGAACAAAAUGGGAGAUCUUCAGCAGCAUAAGUGGGGUUUGGAGGAGAAUAACAAAGCAUUGAGUGGGGAUUUGGAAUACUUCAGAUACCAAACAGAGAUGCUGCAGAAGAUGAACAAGGAACUGGAAGAGAACUUGCGAGUGUGUCUGACUCUUUUGAAGUUAGUGAGGGGGUCAGUGCUGAACUCAGAAGACAUGUAUGAACAGCACUCUGAACACCACCAGCACACAGAAGCCAUAGACUUCUGAAAAGGCCAUAGAGGCCAUAUUUGUCCAUGAAUCGAAACAUGACUCGGUGAUUUUAAAAAUAAGAGAAUGUGGUUGUAGUUAUUCUUAAACUUUUUAGCAGCCAAACUUUCUGGUUCUUAAAAUCACUGACUCAAAAGAGUUGUUUCAAUGGAGUGCCCACGCCAAAUUUAGAAGAUGGUUUUGAAUAACAUUAAUUGAAAACUGCGGUAAAUAAUGGCCUGAGUCAAUUUGAUAGCUAUUUGUACAAUUACAAAACGACGUGUAUUUCCUAAAGUUGCCAAAUUUGUCUAAACUAGAUAACCGAAAAAAAAACUACCCUGAUUUAAAAUCUGUAUUAGGACUUGUUUUAAAAAUAAC